AUGCCUACUAUUCCUGCCCGUCGGUUUGCGAUGCAACGACUGCACGCUGGCCAGUCGAUCAAGGUCAUAGACUCCUCUGGAGGUCAGGUUAUCGACACUUGGGCCUUUACCAUUCCGUCAACGCCCGCCUUCCCGAGAUACAUGUCAAUGACACAUACUCGAUCCACCUUGCAGAAACUUCUUCCAUCCGUUAACGAAUCCUUCCUCGAUAACAGACGAGAUCCUAUUUUGACGAUUGUCGAGGACACCUCUCCCGGCGCGCACGACGUUCUCUACGCUGCGUGCUCUCCAGAACGCUACCUGCAACUCGGUGGCCACAAAGACCACGAUAACUGCGCCGAUAAUCUUCGCAGUGCUGUACAGCAAUGUACUGAGCCAUCAUUCAGCCAUGUUGUUGGGUUUCUCGAGAGCGGCUGGAUGCCCGAUCCACUUAAUCUAUUCAUGAAGGUCAAUAUCAAUGGCACCAAGUUGCAAUGCUUGGACCCGGAUAGCAAGGCGGGGGACUAUAUUGUAUUGAAAGCGGAGCAAGAAUGUAUCAUAAUGCAAUGA